GAUUCACUCUCUUGACUCUUCAAACUUCGUUUACUCCGUUUUAGUCAACAACAAUGGCCUCUGUUUCAAGGAGGUUACUGAGGAAAGAGACGAUCCCCUGCUUCAGCCACACCGUGAGGAAACUCUUCUCCACCGUUGGAUCUCCUUCUUUUGCUCAGAGACUCAGAGAUCUCCCCAAAGAUUUCCCCUCCACUAACGCAAAACGCGAUGCCUCUCUGCUUAUUGGGAAAACGCCUCUUGUGUUUCUCAACAAAGUCACUGAAGGUUGUGAAGCGUAUAUUGCAGCCAAGCAAGAACAUUUCCAGCCUACAUGUAGCAUCAAAGACAGACCAGCUAUAGCCAUGAUUGCAGAUGCAGAGAAGAAAAAACUAAUCAUCCCUGGAAAAACUACAUUGAUAGAACCCACUUCUGGAAACAUGGGAAUUAGUUUGGCUUUCAUGGCUGCUUUGAAAGGGUACAGGAUUAUUAUGACAAUGCCUUCAUACACUAGCUUGGAGAGGAGAGUGACGAUGAGAUCCUUUGGUGCAGAGCUUGUCCUCACUGAUCCAGCUAAAGGAAUGGGUGGAACUGUUAAGAAAGCUUAUGACCUCCUUGAAAAUACUCCUGAUGCUUUCAUGUGUCAACAGUUUGCUAAUCCAGCAAACACUCAGAUUCAUUUUGAUACAACUGGUCCUGAGAUUUGGGAAGAUACACUUGGAAAUGUUGAUAUAUUUGUGAUGGGAAUUGGCAGUGGAGGCACAGUCUCUGGUGUUGGCCAAUACCUUAAAUCUAAAAACCCCAAUGUUAAGAUAUAUGGAGUGGAGCCUGCUGAAAGCAACAUACUCAACGGUGGCAAACCAGGUCCGCAUGCUAUCACAGGCAAUGGGGUUGGAUUCAAACCAGAAAUCUUGGAUAUGGAUGUUAUGGAGAGUGUUCUUGAGGUUAGUAGUGAGGAUGCUAUAAAGAUGGCUAGAGAAUUGGCAUUGAAAGAAGGUCUCAUGGUUGGGAUAUCGUCGGGAGCUAACACCGUGGCAGCCCUUAGACUGGCGAAAAUGCCAGAGAAUAAAGGCAAACUCAUUGUGACGAUUCAUGCGAGCUUCGGAGAGAGAUAUCUGUCGUCUGUUCUGUUUGAUGAGCUGAGGAAAGAAGCAGAAGCGAUGAAACCAGUUUCAGUUGAUUGAUGAAGAAAGACUGACUCUUUACCAAAAAAUCUCGGGAGGCAAAAGAUUAUAAAAACAAGAUGUAAGAGUAAAAUGUUUGUAUUUAU